CAGAAGAAGGCCGAGAACUGCGCUGUGACGGCCGAGAAGGGCGACCAGGUGGAGGUGCACUACCUGGGCACCCUGGAGGACGGCACCAAGUUUGAUGCCUCCUACGACCGCAACCAGCCCUUCAAGUUCAAGCUGGGGGCCGGCAUGGUCAUCAAGGGCUGGGACCAGGGCGUCAAGGGCAUGUGCGUGGGCGAGAAGCGCAAGCUCGUAAUCCCGCCUCACCUCGGCUACGGCGACCGCGGCGCGGGCGGCGUGAUCCCUGGAGGUGCUACCCUCAUCUUCGAAGUUGAGCUGUUGUCUGUG